UCACUGGAGAAGGAAGGCAGCAGUGCACUCCAGAACUCCUGCUUGACACACAGCUGGGAUCAGGACUUGCUAAAUUCUUGCAAAAGCCACUGGCCUUGGGAGAGCUGAAAGGAAUGAACCUGUGGGCUGCCUGCUUCAUGUGCCUGCUGCUGGUCUGCCUGGACCUGCCUGACACCGACUGUCGAAUCCAUGAGCGAUCCAUGGAAAUCAGGAACCCAGACAUUGACCCUUCCUGGUACACUGGCCGUGGGAUCCGACCUGUAGGAAGGUUUGGCCGGAGGAGAGCUGCUGGGGAGAGCCUCCAGAAAUCUGGCUAUGGACAUCGGCAAGCUUGCUUCCCUCUAGAAGAAAGCAGUGAAUCCAUCCAAGAUGAAUGAAAUUAUUAAGAGAAAGAACGAAUAUAAAUGAUGAUAAUAAAAGAACCUUUUUCCUUUCUUUUCUCCAUGUUCCAGCCUCUCUUCUAGGCAAAUGAAAAUGCUUGGUCUCAUUUCAAUGUAUUUUUGUGGCUAUACAUUAUAUCAACCAAAGAGCAGUCGAUAAUUCCAGUAGUUCGGACAAUUUUCCUUGGUCUGUUUUUAUUCCCCCA